AUGCCAUUCGAUGCUCAGGUAUACUACGAAACGCCAAUAGGUGGUAAGAUUUUUGUUGAUUUUUUCUCUAACAGGUGGAUUUGAAGAUUAUUUACGUUGAUGUUAGGUCAAUUAAUUACAUUUGGUGAUUGUACGAGACUAUAUAGUAACUCUAAAAUGAUUUUACCAAACUGCAGUAACCUUAAAUGAAUUUUAUGAUACGAUAGUAUCUCUAAAAUGCUACUAAGAAACUAUAGUAACAUUAAACUCAAUAAUUUCAGAGGUCUUCCCCCUGGAACGCAUUAUAGAAUUCCAAAUGACAAUUCCAGUGACCAGAGCUCUGAUCGACGUUCCCUUAACAUCCACCUUCUACACCGUCGACCUUGAUUACGUAAGGGAAAACGAAAGGAUUGCAUUCAAACAACAGCUAGUACCAUUCAAUGCUCCCUUAUUACAACAAUACGCCCCAAUCGUCGUGGCUGGUCCCGAGUUCUUCACUUGUGGAGGGGCUGAUCCACUGACAAAUGUCGUAACGGCAGAACGAGUCAUUAUCUCAAACAAAACUUACACGGGUUAUUAG